GGAGUCUUUAGAUCAGCGGAUGGACUCUAAAAGUUUACAUCUUUGAGGGAUUUGACUCGAAGAUGCUGUCCGUCCAACUCGUGCUGCUUCUCGGUCUACUCUACUUGGCACAGUACGUCAGGCCUGUGGUAAGCCAAUACCAGGACCAGAUUAGCCUUGCAGAGUUCAGUGAUGGCUGCACUGAGGGGAGCUGUUACCCGGCAACAGGAGAUCUUCUUAUUGGCAGAGACCACCAGUUGUAUUCAACAUCCACCUGUGGACUGAACCGUCCAGAACCCUUCUGCAUCGUCAGCCACCUGCAGGAGGAAAAAAAGUGUUUUGUGUGUGACUCGACGGCACCCUACAGUGAAUCAACCAAUCAGACGACCAACCAUCGUAUCGAGAAUGUUGUAACCACAUUUGCUCCAAACAGACUGAAAACCUGGUGGCAGUCUGAGAACGGUCUGGAAAAUGUCACAAUCCAGUUGAACCUGGAGGCAGAGUUUCACUUUACUCACCUGAUCAUGACCUUCAAAACGUUCCGACCUGCUGCAAUGGUGAUUGAGCGCUCAGCUGAUUUUGGGAAAACUUGGAAAGUGUAUCGAUACUUUGCUUACGACUGUGAAACGUCCUACCCUGACGUUUCACCAGGUCCCAUGAAGAAGGUUGAUGAUGUCAUCUGUGACUCACGCUAUUCCGACAUUGAACCAUCUACUGAGGGAGAGGUCAUUUUUAGAGUUUUGGACCCGGCUUUCCGAAUCAAUGACCCCUACAGCCCCCGAAUCCAGAAUAUGUUAAAGAUCACAAAUCUGAAGGUACAGUUCACCAAACUUCACACACUCGGGGACAACUUGCUUGACUCUCGUAUGGAGAUUAAAGAAAAGUAUUACUAUGCUGUCUUUGACAUGGUGGUUCGAGGAAACUGCUUCUGCUAUGGACACGCAUCAGAGUGUGCUCCUGUCCAGGAAACUGGUUCGACCAGAGAGGGUAUGGUUCAUGGUCACUGCAUGUGUAAUCAUAACACUAGAGGUCUGAACUGUGAAAAGUGUCAAGAUUUCUAUCAUGAUCUCCCUUGGCGACCCGCUGAGGGACGCUACACCAAUGCCUGCAAGAAGUGUAACUGCAACCAGCAUUCUGGCUCAUGUCACUUUGACCUGGCCGUGUAUGUGGCUUCUGGAAAUGUAAGCGGAGGUGUCUGCGAUGACUGCCAACACAGUACAGCUGGACACAACUGUGAGCAGUGCAAACCAUUCUACUUCCAACACCCGGAGAAAGAUGUGAGAGAUCCAAAUAUCUGCCAGUCUUGCAGUUGUGACACCCUUGGUUCCCUGAAUGGAGGAAUCUGUGACGGGAGGACAGAUAUUAGAGUUGGACUCAUUGCUGGUCAAUGCCGCUGCAAAGCCAAUGUGGAGGGUGAACGCUGCGAUCGCUGCAAACCGGCCUAUCACGGACUCAGUGAUGACUCUGAAGGCUGCAGGGCCUGCACUUGCAGCCUUCUUGGAACCGUUCCUGGAGGAAACCCUUGCGACAGUGAGACAGGAAACUGUUUCUGUAAACGACUGGUGACUGGACAGGACUGUGAACAGUGUGUGUCUGAACACUGGGGUCUUAGUAAUGACGUGGAUGGUUGCAGACCAUGUGACUGUGACCUGGGAGGAGCAAUUAAUAACCAGUGCAAUCAGCAGAGUGGUCAGUGCGUCUGCAGAGAUCACAUGUUUGGCCGUCGUUGUGAUCAAGUGGAGUCAGGAUUCUACUUUAUUGCUCUAGACCACUACACCUACGAGGCAGAGGAGGCCAAGCUCGGACCCGGGGUGAUGGUGGUUUCAAGGCCCCACCCUCGGGACCACAGUCCCACCUGGACAGGUAUUGGCCUGGUCAACGUCCCAGAGGGAGCGUUCCUGGAAUUCACUGUUGACAACAUUCCUCACUCCAUGGAGUAUGACGUUCUCAUCCGAUAUGAGCCCCAGCUGCCUGAACAAUGGGAGGAGGUUUUGAUGACAGUGAUGAGACCAGGACCAAUUAAAGCAGACAGUCGUUGUAUAAAUACUGUGCCGGAUGACGACCACCAGGCGACUUCACUUCACCCUGGGUCACGACACGUGGCUCUUCCCAGACCAGUGUGUUUUGAAUCUGCUCUGAAUUAUACCAUCCGCCUUAGUCUGCCGCUGUACUCGGCCCUCAGUGAUGUUCAGUCUCCAUACACGCUCAUUGACUCGAUUGUGCUGAUGCCUCACUGUAAGAACUUGGACCUAUUUAGCGCCUUAGAAGGAGGAGAAUCGGGUGAAAACCGUGGAUGGGAAACUUUUCAGCGUUAUCGUUGUCUGGAGAAUAGUCAGAGCGUAAUCAAAACACAGAUGACCGACAUUUGCCAAAACUUGAUCUUCAGCAUUUCUGCAAUGCUACACCAGGGAGCCAAAGAAUGCCAGUGUGAUCUACAAGGAUCUUUAAGCACAGUGUGCAACCCCAGUGGAGGUCAGUGUCAGUGUCGGCCUCACGUCAUCGGUAGAGACUGCAACAAAUGUGCUCCAGCCACAUUCCAGUUUGGACCAAGUGGAUGCAAAGUUUGUGAGUGCGACCCUCAAGGCUCACAGACCCCCGUUUGUGAUCAGGUUACUGGUCAGUGCGCUUGUGUUUCGGGUGCAUAUGGACGUCAGUGUAAUGGCUGUCUCCCAGGCCAUUGGGGCUUCCCGACUUGCCGCCCAUGCUCCUGUAAUGGGCACACUGAAGAAUGUGAUGCUCACACUGGAGAGUGCCUUCAAUGCAGGCACUACAGCACAGGACACCAUUGUGAAAGGUGUUUGGAUGGUUACUAUGGCGAUCCGAAGCUGGGCUCAGUUGACCAUUGUCGCCCCUGUAUGUGUCCUGAUGGACCUGGCAGCCUGCGGCAAUUUGCAGAAAAUUGUUACCGUGUGGAUGAUUCCCAACAAGCCAUCUGUGUCUGUGAAACUGGAUACCUGGGUGCUCGCUGUGAUGGGUGCUCCCCUGGUUACUACGGAAACCCUGAUGUGGUAGGGGGGUCCUGCCAGCCCUGUCAGUGCAACAACAACAUUGACAUGCUGGACCCACAAUCCUGCAACGCCCAAACUGGCGAGUGCUUGCGCUGCCUGUAUCACAGCGAGGGAGAUUCCUGUGAAUAUUGCAUGCUGGGCUACUAUGGCAACGCUCUACUGCACGACUGCCAGAAGUGCAUUUGUCACCAGCUGGGCAGCGAUGCUUCCAGCUGUCCGUCAUCAGGCGACUGUCACUGUGACCGCACAAGUGGUCAGUGUCAGUGUCUCCCUAAUGUUACUGGCCAGCACUGUGACCGUUGUGCGCCUGACACCUGGAACAUAGCAAGCGGUAGCGGCUGUCAGGCCUGUGACUGUGACGCUGAACAUUCGCACGGGACGACGUGCAAUGAGAUCAGUGGUCAGUGCUCAUGUGUGCCAGGUUUUGGAGGAAGAACAUGCAGAGAGUGUCGAGAGCUGUUCUGGGGCAACCCAGCGGUCAAAUGUCACGCAUGUGACUGUGAUCCUCGUGGUAUUGCGCAGCAGCAGUGCAACAGGAACAACGGUCACUGCGCGUGUGUAGAAGGUGUGUCUGGACCACACUGUGACACUUGUGCCCGUGGGUUCUCUGGUACCUUCCCGGACUGCCAGCGCUGUCACCUCUGCUUUUCUGAGUGGGACAUGGUCAUUGGGCAGCUGACCAAUCAGACACAUCGCCUUGCAAACAAGGUAAAUGCUAUCAAAACCAGUGGAGUAAGUGGGCCCUACAGAAAGUCCAUUGACAUCAUGGAGAGGAGCGCCUCCGACAUCCACGCCCUCCUUGACCAGAACCCGGCCUCACAACCAUUAAGCGAGAUCCAGCAGCUCCUAAAAGAGGCUAGUGACUUGAUGGAAGCUCUUAGCCGCUCACUAAAUGACACUGAAAAGACGCUAAUAGACGUGCAGCAGGAGGACGACGCCAUGGACAAUAAACUGAAAAUGCUGACGGCACAUGCUCAGAAACUGGAGCAGACGGUUCAGGACAUUUUAGAACAGGCUGAGUUCAUCAAGAACUCGGACAUCAGAGGGGCUGCAAACAGUGUUAAUAAGUACUACCUGCAGUCUCAGGUGGCUGAAGGUCGAGCAAAUGCCUCUACCAUCGACCCAGACAGCCCAGUGGAGAACUCUGCUCACCUUCGGGAACUCACUGGGGGUAAGAUGAACCAAACCAGAGAUGAGUUCCUCAGGAGACACGCAGAGCAUGCUCAGAGACUGGAUGAACUGGCUGGACAAAUCCAGACUCUGGACCUGACAGAGCUCAGCCACAAGACAUGUGGGAAUCCAGCAGAUCAGGGGUCAUGUUGGUCGUCUCCGUGCAGAGGUCCUGGCUGUGUGAACGUAGAAGGUGGCCAUAGGUGUGGAGGAGAUGAAUGUAAUGGUCUGUUGACAAAAGUUCACUCCAGUUGGCAGAAAGCUAGUGACUCUGAAGAGGAAAUAUUAAAUGCCAUGGGCAAAGUGGACACACUUGCAAAGAUGGUUUCAGAGCUCAAACAACAGGCAGAUGAUGCAAAAAUUAGUGCUAAUGACGUCCUUAUGAAGACCAACAGGACCAAACACAAAGUUGACCAGAGCAACAAGGAGCUGAGGACCCUCAUCGGACAGAUUCGAGACUUCCUCACACAGGAUGGAGCCGAUCUUGAGAGUAUUGAAAAAGUGGCCAAUGAGGUGUUAGCCAUGCAGAUGCCCACCACACCAGAGCAGCUUCAGAACCUGACGGAUGAAAUUCGACAGAAGGUGGGGGAACUGGGCAAUGUGGAGAGCAUCCUGCAGCAGAGUGCUGACGACAUUCAGAAAGCUGAAAGCCUGCUUGAACUCGCACGUGAAGCUAGUCAGGAGGCAGCCAACGUAAAGAACUCUGCUGAGGUGGUGAAGCUAGCUCUGGAAGAAGCUCAGAGAGCUCAGACAGCGGCCGUCAGUGCAAUCCAGCAAGCCACCAACGAUAUCGAGAACAGCAACAAGCUCCUACUCUCAGUGAAGUCAGAGACAACAGAUGCAGAGUUCAAACUGAACAAUGCCACACAAAGACUACAUCGCCUUGAUGAGAACAUGACACUGCUGAGGAACAAAACUUUGAAUGCCACUAUAAGCAGUGAACACACUAUUCAGGACGCAACAAGCAUAAAACAAAUUGCCAAUGAGUUAAAAAAGGACAUGGACUCUGAACUAAAGGAUAAGUUCUCCACUGUAGAGCAGCUGAUUGAUCAAAAAGGAGGCGGUUUGGCUGAUGCAAAGAAAAAGGCGGAAUUAUUGCAGCAGGAAGCCAAGGAGCUGCUGUUGCAAGCCAGUGGCAAGCUGAAGCUUCUGAAAGAGCUUGAGAAGUCCUACGCAGACAAUCAGCGUGCUCUAGAGACAAAGGCGGAGCAGCUGGAGGAGCUGGAGGCUUCGGUGAAGGAGCUGCUGCAGCAGAUCAGCCAUAAGGUCACAGUUUACAGCACCUGCCUGUUCUGAGGCCAAUUGACACCGCUAACAAGAUGAGCAUCGCUUUUCCUAGUUCAUCUCAAAGACAAAAAUGGAAAUUCCAAUUUGUUGACGAACACCAAAGAAUGUAUUUUCCCGUAUGUUAAUGUGUUCCUUUCACGCUCCUCUGUGUCUUCACUACAGCAAAGCUGAAUGAAAAUGUAAUCAGUGACUGUUUGUUUUAAUAAAAGUUUCAAUGUUA